GAUAUUUAAAAACCCAUUUUACACAGAGGUUGCUACUGCAGCAACACGUGUUGGUUUAGCUUUGUGUGCUUCUUCUGAUGCACAAAUUCAGGGGCCUUUUCCAGCAGAGUUUGUUGUGAGAUCACAGGUCGGGAGGAUGACCGCUCGAGUGGAUUUCUCAUUGAUUGCUGCUUUGUGGUAUCUUUUUGGAUACUUGAGCAUAACUCAUGCUAUUCAAAGACAAAACACAGUGGAUGGUUUUUGUCCGGCGACGCUGACGUUCGUGCCGGCCCGUCGAGGAUGUUCUUCUGAUGAAGACUGCCCUGGAGGACACAAAUGCUGUCGAUUUGACUGUGGGCCUGUUUUGAAGCCGGGUCAGUGUCCCCUACCAGAGAUGAUUUCUCACUGUGUGCGGAAAGCUGUUUCCAUGAUGGCCCAGUGUCCUGCCACACAGAAGUGUUGCCCAACCACCGGUGGGCUUUGCAUGUCAGGAAGCGGUCAGGGACAAGGCCAGGGACAAGGCCAGGGACAAGGCCAGGGACAAGGCCAGGGACAGGGCCAGGGUCAGGGACAAGGCCAGGGACAGGGCCAGGGACAAGGCCAGGGAAGCGGACAGGGUCAGGGACAAGGCCAGGGUCAGGGACAGGGACAAGGCCAGGGAAGCGGACAGGGUCAGGGACAGGGACAAGGCCAGGGAAGCGGUCAGGGACAAGGCCAGGGUCAGGGACAAGGCCAGGGUCAGGGACAAGGCCAGGGUCAGGGACAAGGCCAGGGUCAGGGACAGGGACAAGGCCAGGGAAGCGGACAGGGUCAGGGACAGGGACAAGGUCAGGGACAAGGCCAGGGACAGGGACAAGGCCAGGGAAGCGGACAGGGUCAGGGUCAGGGACAAGGCCAGGGUCAGGGACAGGGACAAGGCCAGGGAAGCGGACAGGGACAAGGCCAGGGAAGCGGACAGGGUCAGGGACAAGGCCAGGGAAGCGGACAGGGUCAGGGACAAGGCCAGGGAAGCGGCCAGGGUCAGGGACAAGGCCAGGGAAGCGGCCAGGGUCAGGGACAAGGCCAGGGAAGCGGCCAGGGUCAGGGACAAGGCCAGGGAAGCGGCCAGGGUCAGGGACAAGGCCAGGGAAGCGGCCAGGGUCAGGGACAAGGCCAGGGAAGCGGCCAGGGUCAGGGACAAGGCCAGGGUCAGGGACAAGGCCAGGGAAGCGGCCAG